UGGGUCGGAAAAGGGACAAUUUAAAGGUCACAGUUGCCCUGCUGAUGCAAUAUUUUGAGACGUAAAUCAAAUUCAAGAUGGCGGCUGUUUGUUCUUUUUGGCAGAGGACAAAGGUUCUUUGUUGUAAUAGAACCUUUUACAUUUUUGAGUUCUAAGCACUCUGAAACAAGUUGACUACAGAUGUACAAGAGGAAAAAGCAGCUGGUGAUGUUACAAAGUAAAGACAGCACGACAACAUGGCUGCUGCACCAGCAAGUCUAGAGGAGCAAAUAAAGGAAGACCUGUCCUGCAGCAUCUGCCUGGAUCUCUUCACCAGGCCCAAGGUACUGCCCUGUCAGCACACCUUCUGUCAGGACUGCCUACAUGACUAUGCAGCACGACGCGCUGUCUUCCCAUGCCCUAACUGCCGUCUGAGGGUCAGGCAGCCACGCAACGGGGUCGCAGGUUUGCCCGACAACUACCUGGUCACAAGUCUGUGUGAGAAAUUUGAACAGCAGGCAACACUGUCCGAAGGACCAAGGAAGAAAACCCUGUCUGGAGACAAGUGCAACAACUUUCAGCAACUGGAACCAGACUGUAACAUCCAUAACGAGUGUUUUGAAGAAAAUCAUCAUGAUAGAAACCCCAGCACAAAUCAAGUUCCACAAGAGAGUAUUUCUUCAGUUCAAAGCCAGUUCACUGAGCAUGGGAACAUUGUAGCGAGCGAAACAGGGCCUGUGAAGCAUCACCAAACCUUUCACCAGUUUCAGAAGGUGACAAUCGGCGGAAAGGGGCAGGAGGAAGGACUGUUUAACCACCCUGUCGGUGCCACAGUGUCAGAUGAAGGGGAGAUCUUUGUGGCCGACUACGGGAACCAGAGGAUCCAGGUCUUCAACCUGCAGGGAGAGUAUGUGUCACAGUUCCCCACAAUGGUGCCAGGUGGAGAGAGGAUGUACCCACAUGAUGUGGCCAUGGAUGGGGAGGGGAACCUGUGGGUGGUGGGGUGUACCAAUUCCGCCGGCUUUGGCCUUCAGUGCACCAAACAGGGCAGGGUCCUGACCAAGAUUGACCUGCAGUACACCGAAUGGAGACGGAGGACAGCAGUUGCUGUGGAUACCAGGAGGAACCACGUCCUCGUCACACAAACCCUUGGAGCCAAGGGCAACUUGCACGGAGAAGUGCUGGUGUUCAAAGCCAACGGGACGCAUCUGAGAACUGUAGGAUGGCAGGAGGGCAUGAAGGUGCCGUGCUACAUCACGGUGGAUGGAGAGGGGAACAUUUUUGUGUCUGACUGGGGCAACUGCAGUGUGUAUGUCUACAACAGGGACGGGCAGUUCCUGUUCAAGUUUGGCGAGCCGGGGAACGAUUUGGAUCAGUUGUGGCUGCCCCGCGGCAUCUGUACCGACAGGGAGGGGAACAUCAUCGUGGCAGACAGCGGGAACAGACUGGUCAAGAUAUUUGACAAGGACGGCACGUUCCUCACUCACACUGCAGCCUCGAAAGAACCAUGGGCUGUUACCAUAGCAACAUCUGGACAGCUGGUGGUUACUGACUGGGCCAAAAAUACAGUCAGCGUUUAUCCUCACUAGACAACAUCAGUGAGAUUGAAGCUAUUGUAAUCUCAUUGUCAUCACUCAAACGAAUUAGUUUUGAGCCUCUUCCAUAAAAUCUAGUUGUUGUGGCCCGUAGGGUUGUAAACCCAGCACAACUCACUAAUAUACUAUGGUUUUAACUUGAGGCCUUUUUCAUAAAAUCUACAACUUGUUGUCGCCAGUAGGGACUUACCCAGCACAUCUCACAUGUUAGUAUUGAGGUUCAGUUUACAAAUUUUACUUGUCAUAGCCAGUAACUAAAGAUUUUACAUGUUAGUUUAAGGCCUCUUUUGUCUUGUUGUGGUCAGUAGGGUUUUUAUACCCAGCACAACUCACAACUUAGAUAUAAGGUCAAGUCUGUAACAAAAACUUGUGUCCAGUAGGGUUUGUAUUAACCCAGCACUCACAUACAAGUUUUGAGGUCCAUUUGUAAAAUUCACUUAUAGUCAGUAGGGUUGUAUACCCAGCACUCACAACUUAGUUUUAAUGUCUCAUUCGAAAAUUCAGUCUUGUUGUGAUCAGUAAGUUUGUAUAGCCAGCACUCACAACUUAGAUUUGACAAUUUGCACAAUUCACUUGUUAUAAUAAUAUAUAGCCAGAAGGGUUGUGUACCCAGCACUCACAUAAUAGUUUUGAGGUCUCUUUUGUAAAAUUCACUUGCAAUAGCCAGUAUGUAAUGUAUACCCAGCACAACUCACAAAUUAGAUUUAAGAUCAAGUUUGUA